AUUUUAGGUUCAGUUCCCAAUCAUCAACUGCAGAGGACACCAUCAAACACAAACCUCAAACCAUCAUCUUCAAGGCCACCCCGUCCUCCACCUCCGCCGCGGCGGCUCGGCCCCACCUCACAUUCCUCCCGCCGCCUCGCCGUUUUUUUCAAUUUUCAUCCCCCCCGUAGAAAUUCAGCGACGAUGCCCACCUCCGCCACCUCGAAUCACCCCGGCCGUCCCGAGGGCUUGAUCGGACGCCUGAACUCAGCUAACAUUCCGUACGAGGCUAAGCUCAAAUCGCUGAGGGAUUUGAAGAACCAGAUAAUUGGUAAUCGUACGAAGAAGAUAGCCUACUUGAAGCUCGGCGCCGUGCCCUCUGUGGUCUCCAUUCUCUCCUCCGCCGCUUCCGCGCAGGGGUGUAUUGGGGACAGCCGUGAAUUCCACGAUUCCGUGUUGAUUCAAUCCGCCGCGGCGAUCGGGAGCUUUGCAUGUGGAUUGGAUGCUGGAGUUAAGGCUGUUUUGGAUGCUGGAGCAUUUCCUCUUUUACUCACUCUUAUUUCUCAUCUCAAUGAGAAGGUUGCCGAUGCUGGUGCUCGUUCUCUUAAGUUGAUUUAUCAGUCAAAAUUGGCACCAAAGUACGAUUUUCUUCAAGAGAAAAACAUGGAAUUCCUGCUGUCAUUAUUGAAUAGUAAGAAUGAGAAUGUAACUAGUCUUGGUGCGAGUAUUAUUACGCAUUCUUGCCAGUCAACUUUGGAGCAGCUGGCAUUGAGUGAAGCUGGCAUUAUAAAAAGGCUUGUAAGUCUCCUCGGAGGUUCGAUAAGUCAGAAAGAUGCUAGUUUAGAAUCUCUGGCUGCUGUGAUCAAGGGAAAUCCGGAAGUUGCUUCAAAGUUCAUGGGGCCUGAAAGUGGAAGGGCACUCAAUCUUGUGAUUGAACUGAUAAAGGAUAAGCAUCCUCGAACAAGAUUGUUAGCAUGUAUGUGUUUGAUCAGCAUAAGAAAUACUUCUACGUCUUAUCUUCAAGAUUCAGGAAUUAAGAGCACGCUGGUAUUAGUAUUACUUGAGCUUCUUGGUGAUCCCGGUCAAGUUGGAGACGAAGCGCCCUUUGUCUUGUCUAGUUUGAUUACUGAAAAAGAGGAUAUGCAAAAAAUAGCCUUUGAUGCAAAUGUCAUUGACAACUUAUGCGAGAAUUUAAAUUCGGUUUCUUUUCAAGCCAAACGUUUGCAAGGAACUUUUUUAGCCCUGGGUGAUCUUUGCUCAGAGUUGGAAUGCUGCAGGGAUAGGGUACUCGAUUCAAAGGUGUUAAAUUUUAUUACAGAAGCACUAGUUCAUGAUAGUGCUGAAGUGCGCGCUGCGACCUGCAUAUUUUUGAAGAAUGCUUCUCGCUCUGUCAAGAAUUUAAGUGCAGGUAAAUUUAUGAAUGAAGCUAUUGCUGUUCCGUUGGUUCAGCGUUUGUGGGACUCCAGUACUCCUGUCCAGGUUGCUGCUUUGGGUGCUCUCUGCAACAUGGUGGUCGAUUUUACGGCAGACAAAUCAUUAUUUAUGAAAUGUGGAAUUUUAAGACACCUGGUAGUGCUUUCCAAGUCAAUGGAAUCGGCAAUUAGAGUUAGCGCAGUGUGGGCCUUAAAGAAUUUAGCAUUCCACGUAAGCAGCAGAUGUAAAGAAGAAAUUCUCUCGGAACUGACAUCAGCGACACUAGCAAGCCUCAUUAGUGACCCUGAGGCUUCUGUCCAAGAGCAAGCCUUGUCUUUGACUCGCAAUCUUGUCGAUGGUACUCUAAACUCAGUCAACUAUGUGAUUGGGGAAGACGGCGAUCUUGUACAUGCUAUUGGAAAGCAAUUACAAAGCACUUCAAAAGCGGAAGUUCUUAUUCAAGGUAUGUACACCCUGAGCAAUGUGGCUUCUGGAAACGAGCUUCAUAAGAAAGCAGUAAUGACCCAACUUCUCACACGAGCUGGCAAUGACUCAGAAACCCUAAUGAUCAAAUCAUUGCAGAGCAGUGACAGCCGAUUAAGAACAGCUACUGUUUGGACCCUUAUAAACCUUACACUGCCCAAUUCUCCAGAUACAUCCACUCGAGUUACCGAACUUUGGAGUGCCGGCAUAGUCUCUCAACUAAAGAAUAUGGUCAACGAUCCUUGCCUCGAUGUAAAGCUUCGAGCAAGGAUGGCUCUUGGACAAUUAAUGAUGUUUGGUGAUGCAUUAACAUGAGUGUAUACAUAUUCGACGCAUCGAAUUUCAGAUUUGAAGGAAGGCUUUCUUUUUGUUUACCAAUUUUGUAACAGGUAUUAUUUUAUCCCAAGGGUCUAGGAUCGAGUUUAUUAUGCAGAGGUGUCGAAUGAGAUUUUUGAGUUCCGAUUGAGCAUUAUCUUGAUUCUUCGAAAGCUGGAUAAUUAUUGUUGAUUUAUUGUGCAUAGCUGGAGUGUGUAUUUUCCAA